AUGAUGUUGAUAUUUGAUUUUUUAAAAAAAUUCUUUGGAUGGGUAGAUGAAGCACCUAGAAAACGUAGAGCUGUUUCAUUUAGUUUAGAAAAAGAAUUUGUGAAAUCAAAGAAACAAUGUUGCGAUUACAGUCAAAUGGCAGAAGAGGAAGAACUCAUUGAAAACAAGGAUGACAGUGAUGAUGAUGUUGAAGUCAUAAGUGAACAUAAAUAUUUCCCCAUGAAAUCAUCUAGCAAAUUAAAUGGUACAUGCAGUAGUAGAGACAAAUCUCUUACUUGUUGUACAUCGUCGUUUUCAUCAUCAAAACCUAAACUGUGUCAUGAUAUAUCAAACAUGGGUUAUUUUGCUAAUAAAAGUGAAAGAGUAAAAAAUGUAGGAGUCCAUCAAAGAUGUUCAACAUUAACUAAAACGCAUCGCCUAAAAGAAAAAAAUCAAUAUGAAGAACUAUUACAAAACUUUCUCCCACAUAGGAUACAUGUUAUACGUGAUAAACAUGAAGAUAAAAGAUCUACACAAGAAUCAAUAGAAGUAAUAGAUUUAGAAAAGUCUAGUUCUUCAACUCCUUCCUCAAGGACUCAAUCUGCUUCUAGAAAACAUGAUACAACAUUACAAAUGUUGUAUCAAAAAAUGUGGAGUACUUCACUUGGAGAGAAAAAGAGUAAAGAUACAAUUAUUACUUUAGAUAGUGAUAAAAGAGAAGAGGCAGUACAUUCCAUUCAUGAUAAAAUACAAUCUUCUAAAAGAAAUGUUAAUAUAGAUAAAUCUAUUAAAAAAAACCAUUUUGAUUGCGUAACUACAAACACAUUAAGAGAUCAAUUAUCAGCAAAGGCUGUAAUAAGGGAGGAUUUUGUUCCCCAAGUAGCAAAACGAUAUAAUGAACGUAUUGAACAACGUUACAAGGAAGCAGAAGAGCUUAAAAAAAUGACAUGUGUGUUGUCUAAGCAUAAUCGUUUAGCAAGAGAAGCAGCUUUAGAAGAGCAUUUAGCUCAAUCUAUGAGGUUGUGUGAGGCUGUUUUAGAUGAAAGAGAAGACUUGGAAGAGUCAGAAUUACCUCCUUUAACAGAAGAAAUGUUACAAGAAUUAAAAAAUUCUCUUAUUCCUCGACCACCAAAUGAAGUUCUUGUUGAAGGAUUUGGUUUAAGAAUCACAAGAAAAGAUCUUCAUACAUUAGCUGACCUAAAUUGGUUGAACGAUGAAGUAAUAAAUUUUUAUAUGAAUUUAUUAAUAGCCAGAAGUACUAGUAACAAAUAUCCAAAAGUUCAUGCUAUGAAUACAUUUUUCUAUCCAAAAUUAAUCUCAGGUGGACAUUCAUCCUUAAAAAGAUGGACAAGAAAAAUUGAUAUUUUUGCACAAGAUCUUGUAGUUGUUCCUGUACAUUUAGGUAUUCAUUGGUGCAUGUCGAUAAUUGAUUUUAGAGAUAGGUCUAUUCGUUAUUAUGACAGUAUGGGUGGCAACAAUCCAAAAUGUUUAUCAGCACUACAACAAUAUCUGGAAGAUGAAAGCUUGGACAAAAAGAAACAAGUCUAUGACACCAGUAAUUGGAAGUUAGAAUGUGCCAAAAAUAUUCCACAACAAAUGAAUGGGAGUGACUGUGGUGUCUUCUCUUGUAUGUUUGCUGAAUAUAUUUGUGCAAAUAAAAAAAUCACGUUCACGCAACAGGAUAUGCCAUAUUUUCGAAAUAAAAUGGCUUAUGAAAUACUAAAGUCCAAACUUUUAUAA